AUGCGCUUCUACACCAUCACCAUCCUCCCUGCCAUUCUCGUUCCGGUCUUCGCUGCCGUUCAUACGGUUGUGAUCAAGAACUUCAGAUUCAUACCUCAAGUGGUCGACAUAAAUCCUGGUGAUGAGGUCACUUGGAUCAACAAUGACAAUACAGGCCACACAGCUACUGCGAACGCUGGCUCUUUCGAUUCCGGCCUCAUCGCCCCGGGCAUGUCGUUUUCCCACACUUUCACAACCGCUGCUACUCUGCCGUACCAUUGCAGUAUUCAUCCCUUCAUGUUGGGAAGAAUCGCGAUCACUGUCAACUCGACGAGCAGUGCGGUUGUCACCACAGCCACAGCCUCAGCUACGGCCACCACAGCUACGGCCACUACAACCACCACAGCUACGGCCACUACAACCACAGCCACGGCCACCACAACCACAGCUACAGCCACGGCCACGCCCACAACCACGACCAAGCCCUCGAGUGGAAACACCUUAGACACACCCAUCAAGGUUAUCCUGCUCAUCGGAGGGGGUGUUGCAGCCAUUGCUCAGUUCCUCUAA